GAAGCUGAAGCUGAAGCCCGACUUCGAAGCUGACGUUGACGUUAACGUUGACGGAUGACAACGACGACGGCGACAGCGCUGCCGAAAAAAAGGCAGCCCGGAAUGAACAUAUUCAUUUGACAAACAAGUUGACUUUAUUUCCCCGCCGUUUUCUAGAUUUAUGUGGCUGAGACUCCAGAGUUCCGAGUGCGCUCUUUUCGCUUCUUUGGCUCUCUGCUGGUUGGCUUGCUUUUUUAGUGCCUUUUUUUAUUUAAUUUACUUUUAAAUUGUUUUGUAAUGCGCAACGACUGAGACGCUAGCGGCGACAGAGCGGCUCAGCUGCUGCAGCCGGCGGCCGAAUAUAAAAGGCUAGAUGCCCCGAGAGGCAUACAUCAAACUCAUCUCAGCGCUCCAAGAGAUCAGCAGAUCUGAGAAACAGCAUCUUAAGCAAGGAUUAACCGCGUCAACUUCCUCGAAACGAAAAUGAAAGUGUUUGCCAUCGCUUGUGUUACCCUUUUGGCGGCCAGCUGCGCCUUUGCUGCCCCCAGUGUUCAAGACAAUCGGGUUGAGGGGGACAACACGUUCGGCCGGGCGGCCCGCUACCUGGGCGCCUGUUUCGACAGCGACGACAUGGCCACCUGCCUGGCCGUCAAGGGCAUCACCGCCCUCAACCGCGCCGCCAGGAGCAACAAUAUCGAGUUGGCCAGCGGAGUCACCUUCCAAAGAGAUCCUGCCAGCCCUGUCCCUCGUACCGGAAAAUCCUUGAGCGAACAGGAUGUCUACGCCGAAUUGCCCCAAAAUGCUGAUGAACGUACUGGACGCCUCGUGGACUUGGCUAUUUCCAGUGCUACCGAAUUUCUGAGCAGCCACAACCUGGAAUUCAAACUGCCCGCCGAGACCACCCAGCAGGUUGCCCGUGCUUUGGAUGAAGGCCGCGGCAAGAUCAAGAAGAUGAUUGGACCCCUGGCUCUGGCUAUUGGCGCCAAGCUCUUCGCUGUUAUUCCCCUGGUGCUCGGUUUCCUGGCUCUGCUCACUUUCAAGGCCGUGAUCGUUGCUAAGAUAGCCUUCUUCCUGGCCAUCCUGGUCGGCGGAUCCCGUCUGCUGGGCGGAUUCGGCAACAAGUUCGGCGGCAGCUCAUACGGCGGCUACAGCUCCAACGCCUGGUCGGCACCUGCCAGCGCUGGAUGGAGCUCGGGAGCUGCCUCCUCCUCCUACCCCUAUGCUCGCAGCAUCAGCGAUGAGUCCGAUGCCCAGCAAUUGGCCUACGCCGGUCAGCAGCAGCAGUAAGCAGCAAAAACAACAAAGUUAGAAAGAGCUGGAGGAGCUCCAGAGCCACUGAUGUGCCUUCAUUUUGAAACCUUUUAGCCUGUAGUAAUUUAUUCGAAAUGUAAUUAACUAAUUUAUUGCAACACACACAUUCACCACACAGUCAAGUUGUAUGUUUGAAUAAAACCAAGAGUAUUUCACCUGAAA